CGUAGUGAUGCAGGGUCACGAGAAUGGGGAAACACCUUCCAAGGAGAAAACACUCACUCGUACACAACACACACACACAGCCCCUUGCAGGAUAGCUAGAGAACAGCUCAUGCUGCUGCAGGAGGCCAACUUGGAUAGAAACAAUUACCCAAACUCAAGCUGCUGCUAACCUGACUGUCUGGGUGGAUCUUUGAUCUUCUGGACCUUUGUGUGCAAAAGGGUUUGAGUGGCUUAAACAGGAGACAAAUGGAGCCACUAUUUUCCACCUUUGACCUCUGAGGAGACAGACGAGGGAACAGACUGAGAGAAAAAGUGAAGAGAAACAAGCUGCUGCUUGAUGCAUUCCAUUCUAACAUGGGAUGAGCUCCAGACUCAGAACUUCCUGUUUACGUCCAGCUGUUUCCUCUUGCAUCCUGACCGAGACCCCGACUAGAUCCUGGCCUCUGAGUGAGCUCGCACCCCGAACCCUGGAGGGGCAGGGGUGUCAACUAAGAGAAAAUGCGAUGCACCACCCUCACCACCCUGCUGACGGGGGUCAUGUUGUAUUUGGGGAUGGGAGCUCUUGUCUUUGUCACCCUGGAGACUCCCAAGGAGAGCGUGGCAUUUGAGGAACUGCUCAAAACCAAGAAAGACUUUCUGAUCAAUAACACCUGCGUCUCCGAGUUUGACUUCCACAGGCUUCUGAAGGAUGUGGUGUCAGCCAUGGAGGCGGGUCUGGAUGUUGGCAACCUUCCUUCCAACCUAAGCACACGCUGGGACAUGGCCUCUGCUUUCUUCUUCUGUGGCACCAUCAUUACCACCAUUGGCUUCGGAAACCUAUCACCGCGCACCUGGUUUGGACAGCUCUUCUGUGUCUGCUAUGCCUUGGUGGGUAUCCCCAUGUUUGGCAUACUGCUUGCUGGAGUGGGUGACCACAUGGGCACGGUGCUGCGGAAGGCUGUGGCCAAAAUUGAGACCCUCUUUUUGAAAAGAGAAGUCAGGCCCACUACUGUGCGUGUGAUCUCAGCAGUUCUCUCCAUCCUGAUUGGCUGUUUGAUCUUCCUCGCCGUGCCUACAGUAGUGUUUCAGAGAGUGGAGAGAUGGUCAUUCCUGGAGUCCUUGUAUUUUGUGGUCAUCACUCUCACCACUGUUGGCUUUGGAGACUAUGUACCUGGUGGAGCAAACGAGGGAGGAAAAAUUUUCAAACCCCUGGUGUUGUUGUGGAUAGUGUUUGGUCUGGCCUACUUUGCCUCCAUCCUCACCAUGAUAGGCAACUGGCUGCGGGUUCUGUCCAAGAAGACUCGUGCAGAGAUGGAGGAGUUGAGGGCUCACGCCACCGACUGGACCCAGAACAUGUCCAUGGAUUUUCGAAUCCCAAAUCCUCUGGAAUUCAACGAUCCUUUCCUCCUGCAGCGCAGACGUUGGAAGCGCAGUGAGCGUCGACGGAUACGCCGAGGAGCCCAGGGCACUCUGGGACACUGGACUCGAGGAGGGUCUGAGAACGGACACCUGCCAAAUCACUGGGCCGGUCUCUCAAGUUCCUUGAGUCGUCUGGAGGGCCGUUCAUCACUAGAGAAAGCUGUGGUGGCAAAGUUCAGACCACGGCUGAGUGCUGACACUCAUGUGAUAGUCCGGUCAGCAGCGGGAGGUAGGGAGGAUCCUGCAGUAAAUGUGCAGGGACCGGGCAGGUCGUUUCCUCCAAGGCUUGGCCGCUCUUUAUCUGUCCCGGUGGCCCGCUCCACCUCAGAGCUGGACUCCAUAGGUGCAGCCAUGCCUGACCCAUUCCUCUCUGGAUCUGGUUCUUCAUAUGAUUCCAGGUCCGAUGGCUCUUCCGUGUCGCUGUCGUUGUCCAUAUACUGUAACUUCCAGCCCGGUCAUUCGACCACCAGGAACAGGGAGAAGGAGGAAGUUCCAGUUAAAACUUCACAGGAAAAGAAUGAAGCAAUCCCACCGGAGAGCUUUGAACCUGUAGCAAAUGGUGUGCAGAGUAACAUCAGCACCCCUUGUUUCUCCCAUCUUUCCCUUCCUUUUCCAUCUGAGCUGCCUCCGGGUCUCCCUCCCUCUCCAAGCGACUCCACGCCAGUCUGCCAGCCUCUCGAUUUCUUUGGCGAGAACCUCGCCUACAUAGACGAGUCUUCGGAUGCUCUGAGCGACAAGGUAACGGAGCGUGAGGAGAAGAGAAGGCGGCCACGAAAACCCAAGAGGCGGAGCAUGAGACGACAGUUCCCUCACAGGUCGACCUCCCCCCAAAUAAGCAAGCCCAACAGCGACCUGCUGCCACCAUCCAAUCCACCGACACCACCCCCAGUCUUCUCUGUCUCCGACCUUCCUUCCUCAGGGAUCCACACAGAUUCAGCUCCUGCCCUCUGACAGUCAGAGCCAAGGACCAGUUGUGUCUAAACCAGGGAUUUACAAAUCCAGGCCUCGAGGGCCAGUGUCCUACAUGUUUUUCAACCAAUCUGUCAUUGAAGCUCUUUAUUGGCCAAACACACCUGAUCCAGGUAAUCAGCAGCCGAUAGGGCAGGUUUCUGUUAAAAACAGCAGGAGGUCGGCCCUCGAGGCCUGGUUUUCUGCCACUGUUGUGGUCUUUCAGCAGACUGAGCACCAGCAGCAGAGCGGGAACACCUUGUGCAAUUAUCACCAUCAUGAAUGUAUGAACCAUGUGCUUCACAGAAACAGCCUAGAAUCUAGACUUUUAGGAGGGCAGAAGCUCAGAUGGAUUAACAGGAUUUACUCACCAAGACCAAAACUAUAUCUGCUGGUUUAGAUUUCCAGUUUUAUUCCGUUCUUUAAAGUGGGACUUCACUUUUAUCCAGGUUUCGCUCUUGUUUUACACAGACAUCUUUGAGAGACGCUUGGGGACUCUAAUAAAAUGUGUAAAGCAAGAGAGCCACAUAAUUAAAAGGGAUGACAGAGACCUGCUGUAUUUUGCACAAUUGUCCAAGGAUGUUAGUUAUACGCUGACUUAAUCAGAGACUGCGCACGUUUUGAAAGAGGCCACCCAGUUAAAAAAAAAAGAAAAGAAAAGCAAAAACAAAACCCAGCGGAUAUCCUGCAGUGGGUGGAGAGCCAGAACCACAAUAGAGAACAUUUUCAAAACAAUCCAGUGCCCACAUAUGAUUUUUUUCCUUACAUGUAAUGAUUGCACAUUUGAGUAAACACUGAGGUCAUGCAGUGUUUUAACUGUGCACUGACUUGCUCUCAAUUUAUCUCUAGUUUUUCCAGAACUGAUUAUUAAAAAAUGUAAAACUGA